CAAUUUCUAAAUAAUUAUGGGUCAAGUCAAUUUUGAAAAUAGAAUGAGACCAUUCUGAUGAAAGGGCGUUUUCGAUCAGAAGUUGAUUGUCAAAUAUUUAUUUUGUUCAACACGGCGGAUCAACAUUGACUGUGAUUUUUGUGAAUGUCAAACAAGUUCGAGCCUUAAUAGAUGUUGCCAAUAUAAUCAGAAAGUUUCGUUGCAUUAUGAACCGCAAUUCAACUGUUUUGAGCACCUUGCUUAAAUAACUAGCUUGACCUUUGCUCUGGGUUAAAUACGUUUCCAAUUGAUGAGAUUAGAAGUGUUACUUUCCGAUAUUCCUACCUUUGAUAACAAAAAAUUUAAAAAAUUAUUCAUUAUACUAAUUUAGAAAAUUACCAACAUAGAAAAGAGCACUUAAAUCAUCCUACAUUUUAGCAAGCCGAAAUUUAUAAUUUUGUUAUUUUUAAAAACUAUGUUUUUUUUGGCUGCAGCUUGCAAAUCUAAAAAAGGCACACUUUUAUCCCGCACGUGUUUAGCCUUAAAAAUGCUGUUCAAUUUUUCUUACCAAUCGUUUCACAUUCACUGUUAUGAAGAAAUGCAUUGCAUUGGUAUUUGAGAUUAACCGCUGCUGACAAAGAACAAAAAUUUGGCUUCAAUUUGUAAUAUUCAAAUUUGCUCUGCGGCUUAAUUUUCAAAUCGCAUUGUAAUAUUUUGUUAGAAAAAGAGCUGAUGGUCCUAAAUUGGUGCAAAAAUCUGAUAGUUUAAAUUAAUUGUUGGCCGGCUAUAUUUAAACUACAAAAGAUUCAAUCGGCUUGUUUUCACGCCAUUACCAAAGGUGGUUAAAGUUCUUACUUAAACUUACAGAAAAAACUAAAGUUACGACAAAAUGGUUCUAUGCCCUACUGCAUUGGCGUGUGGCUGUUCAACUCAACCCAACAAAAUAGCUCGAGCGCCAUCUGUCGAAUCCCUCCCUUAUUCGGCUUCAAACAAUUCCGGCCAAUCAACACUGUCCUCAAAACCCAACUCGAAAACAUACCAAAAACGAAGCAAAUCCGCCCAUGGGAACAGACGCGCAGACAAAAGUCCGAACCGCGCUGGUGACAAAAACCUAUCUUCGAACGGACCUCAAUUCGGCCUUGAUAAUUUGACAGACUUUUUUAACUCUUUUGUUUCAUUUGGCGACGAGCAAAAAGCCUCCAAGCCCAGAGUUGAAGUUCAAAGAAAAUCAGAGCCAAUACCGGGAUUCGAACCUCCGCAUUAUGAGUUGCGACCCCAUUCAGAAUUUACAACUCCGGAAUCGUUUGCUGUUCCGUCUUUUACCAGGGUUACAGACGACAACAUUUCGGUUUCGAGUUCAGAUACUUUGUACCGCUCAGCAAUAUAUUUGGGACCGGAAUUCAUUUCAACCCCAAAAGCGAAUCAUGAAGGUUUCACAGCGGCUUUACCAUUUCAUGAUUCACAGAUGUCAAGAAAAUCGUCCAAAAGGUCAAUUAACUCGUCCACUUCUGGGUUAAAAACGGAGUCAAGUCAUUUUACAAACGCAAUAAAUCGAAGUUUAGAAAACACUAAAUAUUCCAGAGGAAAUGUUGGCAAUUCUGGAGCGGAUUUUGGUAGUCUAAACAAUAUGCAAAGAAAAUCAGUAGCUUCACUUACUUCUGAAAUGUCUGAAAAUUUGUCUGAAAAACGAAAAGCCAAAAACCCUUUAUCGUUCUUGAACAGUUCAUUUUUGAGCUUGCAGGUCGAUUUGUCAAAAAGUAAGAAAGAAGAUUUGUUGAAGAAUCGACAAAGUUCAACGCUUUCGCUAAAAGAUACCAAUUUCAGAUCUCAAAAAGUUAGCAACGUUUUGCUAAACUCGGUUAAAAGUAGCCUGAUUAAUUUGAACCAAUUUGGAUCGGGAAUAUAUGAUCAACCACAUUGCUUGAAAACAUCAAACAUGUCGCUAGCUUCCAAUUCCAAAUACCCGUCUAUUCGAAAUUUAUUAGAAUCACAAGAAGUUCUAGUAAAUGAAGUUUAUGGAAGUAAUGUUUCAUUUGCUGAAAACUCUCCCAAAAAAAGAGAAAUUUCAAGAGAAAACUCGAGAUCUAGAAAUUCUAUCUCGAAUAAAAGAUCCCCUGGGCGCGUUGACAAAAGAUCAAACUCAAAGAAAAAUCUGCAAAGAGAGGAUGUUGAUAUUUUUCCAAUUUCUCAAGAAAAUCCAAUUUAUCAAGAAGUUUACCCAAAAAUUAACCCACCAGGUUCGUCGAUCCAGAGCUUGCACUGCUUAAACCAGCGAGAAAUAAAUAGGUACUCAAAACAAAAUCCUGAUGCCAACUUUGUGCUGCAAAGGAACUCGAGGUCUUCUGCGACUUUAAUUCUACCCAACAAAUUUACCCCCUCAAGUUUGACCCCCGGGUCGAAGAGGGUUGGGUUAAGUCCCGGAAGAAACCAAAGCCGAGAUGGUUCUGGGUCCCAAAAAAUGAGUCCAAAUAUGGGUAAGAAAUUCAACUCGGAGUUCCAUUCUGACGUCGUUUUGGAGUCGGAAAAGCCGAGAAGCCGACAGCGGUACUCAGAUAUACGAGUCGAAACCGAAGAAAACUUUGCUCGUGAAUCGGGUUAUUACAGUUCUCUCUCGCCAAUUGCGACGAACGAAGUGUUCAAACCGAAUGACAACACAAAUAAAAAUGAAGAGUCGAGAGCAAGUCGGCAACCAAUCGGAAUCCGAGUUGCUCGCUCGACUGAAACCGAUUUUAAAUUCAUCGACGACUCAAGCGAAACUCCAAUUAUGAGUCAUAAACAGUUUGCAAGUAGUUGUACUACUAUUACUAACCAAAUGGCGAUAGAUUAUAACCUAAUGGAAUCUGUUAACCAAAUGAGCGAUUCGGGAAAUUAUGAUGGAUUUUCCGUUAAAACCGCCGAUUCGCUUGAUGAAAAUUUGGUUUCGAUGAUUGAAGACGAGCAACCUCAAAACUUGAUGGAAAUCCCGCAAACUUCAAACAAUACAAACUUGAUACAUUUCCAAGAAAGCGGAAUGGAAAUUGACAAUAUUCCUUUCAUCGACAACGAUGCCGGAACUUUGGAGCCCAGUUUUGGAACUGACCAAAUUUCUCAAAAUUAUUUCAAGGAAACUUCUUUAGUUUUUCGAGAAGAAAACGAACAAGGUCGUGAAAGUUCAGUUGACGAAUAUCGUGAACAAAGUUUGGCUGAAAAUGUUGAUAGAGGCCGAGAAAAUUUGAAUUUUGACGAAUUUGAAAACGAUGAUUUGAUCACGUCGCCAAAUGACCGAAACGAAUACUUAGCCGAAAAGAGAACGCCAUCAGAAUUUCAACCACAGCAAUGGCAUAGCUUUUCAAAGUCGGUUUCAAUAUCUUUGGCCUGCGUACCUGGUUUGAAUUAUCUUCAGGCGAUGGAUAACUCAACGUUAUCAUUUAUGGCGUACUACUCAUUCUUGCCAGUAUUACAUGAUACAUGUGUUUCAUUGAAGUUGGUUCCCAAGAAAUUCAAAGAGAGUGACUUGAACAGUGUGGAGGUGGACAGGACCAACUACAGUCAGUGGGAGGAUGCGAUUGUGUGUCAGAUAGACGAACCAGUAGACAGACAUCUCACACGCAAAGAGAGACAGAUAGCGGAGGAGUACAAAGACUGGAUCCGUGCCAACCUCAGUCCCCUCCUAGCUCACACUUUGUGGGGGAGUGAGGAGAACUACAAGGGGGUCACUAGGGGGUGGUGUGGGGAACAUGGGAGCAAUUUCUGGAACAGGGCUUCAGACAGAUCCAGAGCCAAGAUUCUGUCUUCUCUUGCCGUCGAUUCGUCGGAAGAAACUGAAGAACGGCUUCGUAAGCAAGCUUCGCUGUGUCUGCAACUAAUCGAGAGCUUCUACUUUGACCGCAGUUACUUCUUCGGAGACGACACCCCCUCGAGUGUAGAUGCAGAAUUGUUCGGAUACCUGUCUCCUAUUCUCUUCUGCUCCGAAUCUCUGCCCGACACGACUUUCAGAGACAUGCUCGUUCAGCAUAGUGGAUUGGUGUCGUUGUUGACACAUAUCAAAGAGAGAAUUGACUUGAUGGAUGAAAGCAGCUGAGAUGAUGUGUCACUUUCAAACCUCUGGGUUGAAAAAUUUACAAAUGAUAAUUCACAAAACCUGAUAAAAAGUGUGCGCUAGAAAGAUGGACCUUAUUUUACUUGACGGUGCUUACAAAUUAGAAAUAU